UCUGGGCAGCGUCCCCCAAGGUCGCCUCCACAGAGCAGAGGCUGCCCUCCCACACACACAUUCCGUCCUUUCACAUAUAAGCUGGGCAGCCUGGUCCCUCGCAGCACCGCGAUGCAGGGCCCGCCUCUUAUUCAGCUGGCCCUGGUGCUGGUAGCUAUGGCUCUGUUGGGGGCUGAAACCCCCAGAGAAGAGGAGUCAGCCACCAGCACCGGAGGCCUCAUCUUCCACCAGGACUGGGACUGGCUGCCCCCAGACCUCUGGCCACCAGGAAGCCUCAGGGAUCCCCUGUGCCUGGUGACACUGGACAGGGCCAGCAACUGGAGUGGUGCCCCACUGCGGGUGGUAGGGGCCCUGAGCAGCUAUGAGCAGGCCUUUUUGGAGGCCGUGCAGCAAGCCCACUGGCACCCCCGUGACCUGGCUACCUUUGGGGUCUGCAGCCCUGGUGACAGGCAGGCUGCCCUGCCUCCUCUGCGGCGGCUGGGAUCCUGGCUGGGGGAGCCUGGGGGACAGCAGCUGUUGGUCCUGCACCUGGUGGAAGUGACCUGGGAGCCGACACCCUCACUGAGGUUCCAGGAGCCUCCAGCCGGAGGAGCCAGUCCCCUGGAGCUGGCACUGCUGGUGCUGUAUCCUGGACCCGGCCCCGAGGUCACUGUCACCGGGGCUGGGCUGCCAGGUGCCCAGAACCUCUGCCCGUCCCGGGACACCCGCUACUUGGCGCUGGCCGUGGACCGUCCGGCGGGGGCCUGGCGCGGCGCCGGGCUCUCCCUGACCCUGCGGCCCCGCGGAAACGGUGUCUCCCUGAGUACAGCCCAGCUGCAGGCGCUGCUGUUCGGCGCCGACCCCCGCUGCUUCACGCGGAUGACCCCGGUCCUGCUCUUGCUGCCGCGGCCCGGGCCUGCGCCGCUGCCCGCGCACGGCCAGCUGGACACGGUGCCCUUCCCGCCGCCCAGGCCGUCCCCGGAGCCCGAGGAACGGCCGCUCAGCGCCGACCCCUUCCUGGAGACGCUCACACUCCUGGUGCGCGCGCUGCGGGGCCCCCCGACCCGGGCCUCGCCGGCGCGCCUGGCGCUGGACCCGGACGCGCUGGCCGGCUUCUCGCAGGGCCUGGUCAACCUGUCGGACCCCGCAGCGCUGGAGCGCCUGCUCGACGGCGAGGAGCCGCUGCUGCUGCUGCUGCCGCCCGCCGCGGCCACCGCCGGGGACCCCGCACCGCCGCAGGACCCCGCGGCGGCGACGUGGGCCGGUGGCCUGGCUCGCCGCGUGGCCGCCGAGCUGCAGACGGCAGCCGCCGAGCUGCGCGGCCUACCGGGCCUGCCGCCGGCUGCGGCCCCGCUGCUGGCACGCCUGCUUGCGCUGUGCCCGGGCGGCCCCGGCGGCCCGCUGCGCGCGCUGCUGCUGCUGAAGGCGCUGCAGGGCCUGCGCGCCGAGUGGCGCGGGCAGGAUCCGCGCGGGCCGACGCGGGCGCAGCGCAGCGCGGGGGCCGCCGCCGCCACCGGGCCGUGCGCGCUGCACGAACUCAGCGUGGACCUGCGCGCCGAGCGCUCCGUGCUCAUCCCCGAGACGUACCAGGCCAACAACUGCCAGGGCGCGUGCGGAUGGCCGCAGUCCGACCGCAACCCGCGCUACGGCAACCACGUGGUGCUGCUGCUCAAAAUGCAGGCCCGCGGCGCCGCCCUGGCGCGGUCCCCGUGCUGCGUGCCCACGGCCUACGCGGGCAAGCUGCUCAUCAGCCUGGCGGGAGAGCGCAUCCGCGCGCACCACGUGCCCAACAUGGUGGCCACCGAGUGCGGCUGCCGCUGACCGCGGGGCCUGCGCGCCCCGGCCGUCGCCUUCCCGUAUUUAUUCGGACCCCAAGCAUCGCCCCAAUAAAG